AUGGCUAAUGAGAACUAUGGAGUUGCAAUUUCAUAUUGCAAAUUUCUCACAAUAGUUGUUCUCCUCACAUUAAGCCAUCCAUUGGUUGAAGCCCUUAAUAAUUUGGAUUUGAUGCAUCAUGGAACAGUCAAGACCAUAGAGAGUGAAGAAGGGGAGGUGAUUGAUUGCGUUGGCAUCUACAAACAACCUGCAUUUAAUCAUCCACUAAUUGAGGAUUUACAGUAUGCACAAGCAUCUCAAUAUGAUGGCAUCUACUACGGACUCCAGGCCAUAAUUAACGUGUGGAACCCUAAGACAGAAGAAGGAGGUUUAGGAGAAUUUAGCAUAUCUCAGGUUUGGGUUGUAUCACUAAACAGAAGUGACCCAACAAACCUAAAUUCCGUGGAGGCUGGAUGGAUUGUUUCUCCUACAAUGUUCGGUGAUAAUAAGACAAGAUUUUUCAUAUUUUGGACGAGAGAUAAUUAUAGGACAACAGGUUGUUAUAACCUAAAUUGUCCGGGCUUCGUACAAACCAAUCACAAAUUCAUUAUUGGCAACUCAAUAGCACCUGUUUCCACCUACAAUGGAAAGUCCUAUGAAAUCUCCAUCACCAUAUUUAAGGAUGGGGAAAGUGGAAACUGGUGGCUUGAAGUACAAGGCGAGGUGGUAGGCUACUGGCCAAGCUCCAUCUUCACGGGCUUAGCCAACAACGCCAAUAUUGUGUCAUGGGGCGGAGAGAUUAUUAACAGCAGAGCAGCGGGGCAUCACACCACCACUCAAAUGGGAAGUGGCCAUUUUGCUGCCGAAGGCUUUCACAAGUCUAGUUAUUUCAGAAACCUUAAAGUCAUUGACGACGCCGGCAACACGCAAGACCCAGAUAAUCUACAACCGCAUGUUUCCAACAGCAAAUGCUAUGAUCUUCAAUUCCAGGAAAACAAGCAGACUUCUUUCGGGACUUGCUUCUACUAUGGGGGCCCUGGAUAUUCUCUAGAUUGUCCAUGA